AUGCCUGCAAUUCAAAAUCUAAUUAGAGGGUUGAAAUAAUCUCAUAGAGGUCCUGAUCAGUAUAGUUUCAAUGAAGAUUCUACCAAGCAAACAUAGAUAAUUGAAGCUGAGAAUGAAGAAGAAGAAAUGGAUGAGAAAAUUGUAGCUGCUAGCAAAAAAUUUGUCAAUAAUGAAUACAGUAGUCGAAAAGAAAAUGAAUCAAGUGUCCCAUAGAUUAAAUCAAACAUCUCAAUAUCGCAAAACUUAAAUAACCAAUCAAACGAUGGCAGUAAUAGAAAAAAAUAUAUUAAUCUAUCCAAUUCAAAGCGAGAAGAUCCAAACUUAUUAAAUAAUGAGAAAUCAGCUUCAGAGAUAUCAAUAAGAUAUAAGAAGGUAGAUAACAUUUCGGUUGAAAGAAAAUCCAUUAGUGACAGAAUCAGUGUUAAUAAAUCUAAUAAUACCCUUCAAGACAAGAAUGGGGGUUUAUCGAAUUUCAUUGCUCGAAAUAAAAAUCCUAGGUACAGCGAUAGAGAAAUAUUACUAAAUAAAAAUUCAAGUAUCAUUUCAAAGAGAUAUAACUAGUCUAAAUCUGAGAGCAAAAACACAUCGUCAAAAUUAAGCCUUCCAAAAUAGCUAUAAAAGUUAAGUGGGAAUCAAGCAAAUCUUACAUAUGCAGAUAAAUAAAGUGAGACAAAUAGUGUAAUAUCCUAGAGAGGUGGUGACAAUUUGAUAUUCUUGCCCUAAGCAUCAAAUAAAUUUGUAUUAAAAGAUGACUUUAGUCAUAAGUUUAUUAACGGUGGUAGCAGUUUAUAGAAAACAACAGCAUUCUUGAAUGAAGAUAACAGCUAUAACUCUUAUGUUAAUGGCCCAAAUGUCUAUACAUACAAUAAUAGUAGCAGAAACAAGUCUUAAGUAGCUAGUUAAAAUAGUCUUAACCCUCUUUAAAACUAAUAAAAUCUUGUAUAUUAAAAUAGAAACAAUAAUCCUUAGAACUAUAGCACUUUUGCUUAGUCUUAUAACAACUAAAAUCUUAUACCUUUGAUAAAGAAUAAUAAAAUGACUAAAAAUAAGACUAUUUUGCUUCAGUAAACUUAUAACAAUGUGGUUGGUAAGAAUAAUUAAAAGACUUAGAUGGUUGUAUUCCAAAAUCUUGCUAAUAAAAGAAAAAUUAUGAUGAUGAAUGAGGAUGAAUUAGAAGAUGCGGUGGGAAAAAGAAGUAAGAGCUCUCAAGACACUGUGAUUCUAUGA